AUGUCUAGUCUGUGCCACCAGUGAAACGUAGAUUGGGCUGGGGCUAAUUUUUAUUACUAUCUACCUUAACUGCUUUGUAGAAAAUUCAGAUCAUUGCAGCUUCUGCACAUUAUUAGCUAACGAAAAAUAUACCUAUUCAACCGUCUUAAGUAGUGACCAGAGAAGAGAGGCAAUGGAUAAAAGGAAACUAUCAACAGCCGGAGACAGUCUCUACCAAAUACUUGAAGUGCCCAAAACUGCUACAGCCGAUGAUGUCAAGAAAAGUUACCGGAAAUUGGCGUUAAAAUAUCACCCCGAUAAAAAUCCCAAUAAUCCAGAUGCUUCGGAAAGGUUUAAAGAAGUAAACCGCGCACAUACUAUAUUGAGCGAUGCGACGAAGAGAAACAUUUACGACAAUUACGGCUCGCUCGGGCUGUACAUUGCGGAACAGUUCGGCGAAGAGAACGUGAAUGCGUAUUUCGUGGUAACGAGCACCUGGUGCAAGGCGCUGUUCAUCGUAUGUGGUAUUCUGACGGGCUGCUACUUCUGCUGCUGCCUGUGCUGUUGCUGCAACUGCUGCUGCGGGAAGUGCAAGCCGCGCCCGCCAGAGGAGUCGGGCGACUACCACACGCUGGAGCGCGACGACUCGGACGGCGUGGCGGCCGUGACCGUGCAGCCCGGCGGCGAGGGCCGCCCGUCCGGCAAGCAGGCGCCGCCGAUCGCCAUGCCCGCGCCUCCCGAUGCCGGCUCGUCAGAACCGGCGCCUGCUUCCUAUGGCGCCUCCGAAAAUACUGGCCUGAACACAGGAAGCAGUAUUCCAAAGUACACGUGAAGUAACUAUUCUCGGCUAGUCUAACGUAUAUUUAAGAGUAAUGAAGAAAUAAAUUAACCAUGCAUGAUUGCGCACUGUUGCUGAUAAAA